CGCUGUUGGCACAGUACCUGUGGGGACAAGGGAUAAUGUGGUCUCUCCCUGCAGGCGUGUCCAGGUCACCCCAGCAUGAUGGACCACACACCCCUUGUCUGUGACUAUGGUUCUGGCGUCAGCAAGGUGGGCUUUGCAGGAGCCGAGGGCCCUCUGGCUGUCUUUCCCACCAUCCUUGGGAAACUGAAACAUAACAACCUACUGGUGGGGGUGGAAGAAAAAGACUGGUUCGUUGGAGCUGAGGCCCAGAAUAAUCUAAAAAAUCUGAACAUGCACUACCCCAUCACCCGGGGAGCCAUCACGGACUGGGACGACGUGGAGAAGAUUUGGCAUCACUCCUUCUACCAGGUGCUCCGCGUCGCCCCCGAGGAACACCCUUUAAUGAUAACAGAGCCACCGCUAAACAGCACAGAUGUUAAAUGUAGAAUGACUCAGAUCCUAUUUGAAACCUUCAACGUCCCCGCCUUGUACGUGGCUAAUCAAGGGGUCCUCUCCAUGUACGCUGCUGGCAGAACCUCUGGAAUAACUAUUGAAUGUGGAGAGGGGAUGACAUACUUCGUGCCCGUCAUCAAUGGCUUUCCUUUGCAACUGUCAACUACCAAGCUGGACAUAGCUGGUCAAGACCUGACCACGUACCUCCUGAAGCUGCUCUCAGACAGCGGGAACUUGUUAGUGAGCACAGCCGACCGCGAGUACAUCCGAGACCUGAAAGAGAAACACUGCUAUGUGACACUGGAUUAUGACAUGGAAAUAUCAAAAAACGCAGUACCCUCCCAACAGAAGAAAGUCCAGUUGCCCGACGGCAGGGAAGUCAGCCUGGAGCAGGAGGCACUCACGUGCUCAGAGGCGCUCUUCAACACCAGCCUCAUCGGGAGAAGCAACCCGGGCAUCCACAUGCAGGUCCAGCAGAGCAUCACAUCCUGUGACCACUCCCACUGGAGGACUCUUUUUGGUCAUAUCAUUCUGUCUGGUGGCACUGGUGCCUUCUCAGGUCUACGACUCCGGCUGCAGAGAGAGAUAUCAAAGCUGGUCUCUCCAGGCCUCUGUGUGAAGCUCCGCCCGGUCUCCUCCCCAGGGCGGAAGGUGGCCGAGCCCUGGUGGCCUGGGAGGCAGACGCAGGCGUGUUGCCCAGGCGGCCGCCGCGAGACCGGGACAGGUGCGGCAGGGGCGGGUCGCCCUCGAGAGGUCCCCUCCCCCAGGCUGCCAGCGCCCGCGGUCGCAUUUCGCCCCCGGAGCCCCAGGUUGCCCGUGGCGCAGGACGGGGCGGGGCUGCGAUCUGCACCCCCAAAACCUCCUGCCCUGCUGGGCGCGGUGCCGCUUGGUCCUCCCGGGUCGAGUGGGGUUCGCUAUCUCAAUUCCUCCCCCGGGCUUGGGCCCGCCCCCGGAGCGGGAGCCAGAUCGCCUAUUUCCCGGGGUCCUGGGCCAUCAAAGCCCAGAAGAGGAUCCGCCGCAGGGCCGCCAGGGGGCGCGCUGGGCGGGGACCUGCGCCCUGAUCUCUCUGUCCCUUGA